CAAAGGAUGCGCAAUCGAUUCUCGCGCAUGUGCUCCACGUAAAUGACAAGUGCUACGUCAACAUAACCUACGUCGCGUCUUUGCCUCCUCAAAAUGGUGUCUGUCUUAAAUACCGUCGAUACCGGCCACGAGGACAUGAUACACGAUGCCGAAAUGGAUUACUACGGUUUAAGGUUAGCCACUUGCUCCAGUGACAAUUCGGUGAAGAUAUUCGACUUAAAGAACGGCACCCAGAGCCUAGUUGCCGUCCUCAAGGGACACAUCGGACCCGUGUGGCAGGUCGCGUGGGCUCAUCCCAAGUUUGGCAAUCUCUUAGCAUCUUGCAGCUAUGACAGAAAGGUGAUCAUCUGGAAGGAACUGGGAGAAUGGACAAAGAUAUACGAGCACACGGGUCACGAUUCGUCCGUCAAUUCGGUUGCCUGGGCACCGCACGAGUUUGGUUUGAUUUUGGCUUGCGGAAGCUCGGAUGGAUCAAUCUCUAUCCUCACAAACACCGGGGAUACUUGGCAGACCCAGAAAAUAACAAAUGCUCAUACAAUUGGGUGCAAUGCAGUUAGUUGGUGUCCGGCAAUCGAUUCAGCUGUUGAUUCGGCCAACACGACUCAGCAAAGAAGCGGUCCUGUUAAGAGAUUAGCUACUGGUGGUUGUGACAACUUAGUGAAAAUCUGGAAAGAAGAAGGCGACAGAUGGAUAGAAGAAAAUAAACUAGAAGCGCACAGUGAUUGGGUUCGAGAUGUAGCCUGGGCACCAGCGGUUGGACCAUCCAGAGCUGCCUUGGCUUCUUGCUCGCAAGAUCGUCGCGUAGUCGUGUGGACUUCUAAUGAUUACACUAGCUGGACACCAAACGUUCUUAAUGUUUUCGAUGAUGUAAUCUGGAAUGUUAGUUGGUCGUUGACAGGCGGUAUCUUAGCAGUUAGUGGCGGAGAUAACAAGGUUUCUCUCUGGCGCGAAAAUUCCGAAGGACAAUGGGCUUGUAUCUCCGAAUUGAAUAAAGAUCAAGGGAAUCCUAAUAAUCCAGAUCAACGUGCAUUGUAAUGACGUUGAUAGAAAUAAAAUAAUAUUUGUAUAAACAUUAACAUAAAUUUCUUUGAAAAAAUUAAGUAUAUCUUAAAAAACUAAAAUGCAAGUUAUUUACUGCUUAGCAUUUAAACAUUUACAAACAUAUACAAAAUAUAA